CUUCCGGCGGUCGGCGGUGGCGCGGCAGCUGACUGCCGGCUAUUUAGCUGGCGCUCAGUCUGCGCUUGGGGCUCAGUCUUUGGAAUGAGUAGAGCGGAGCGGCGUGCGAGCACCACCGGGAAGCACUGGCGCGUCGUCCGGAGCGGUGGCUGCGGCGGGCCUUCUUCGGCGGCUGUUGGUUCUCCUCCUUCAGCUCGGGGCGCUGCUGCCACGACCACGACUCGCUGCCGUAGCUACGGCCACGAACUGUUGUCGCGACCACUGAGCGCAGUCGCAUCCACCGUCCCUCUCGCCGUUGCUGUCCGGUUUCGUCGUAGGAGCCUCCGCGCCGUCGCUCCACUGCCCGAGCGAGCGGGUCUCGACAGCCUCUUCCUGCUAGUCACCUCACACCACCGCCGCUGCCAACUCCACCGCCCGAGGAGGCCAGCGCACCGUCGAGCCUGCUCGACAUCCUAGUCAUACGCACGAAAGAUCUCUCGACAUGGUUCAAAUAAAAGAUCUGCCAAGCAUCCUCUCAGUGGAGGAGGAUACUCUCUGCGCCGAGCAGCAGCAGCAACAACAGCAGCGGCAACAGCAGCGCCGGCGCAAGAAGAAGAAGCGUACGGGCUCGAGCCUGGCGGCCAGCAACUUCUCCGACCUGUACUCCCUCACUGGGGAAGUGCUUGGCGAAGGGGCCUACGCCUCGGUUCAGACCUGCAUCUGCCUGUACACCGGCAAGGAGCAUGCCGUCAAGAUCAUUGAGAAAGGACCUGGCCACAGCCGGGCCCGUGUAUUCAGGGAAGUGGAGACAUUCCAUCACUGUUCAGGCCACAAGAACAUCGUUCAGCUGAUUGAGUUCCUCGAAGAUGAGAAUCGGUUCUACCUUGUUUUUGAGAAGAUGCGUGGGGGUCCCCUGCUGCGGCACAUCGAGCAGCGGGUGCAGUUCACUGAGCACGAGGCGAGCCGCGUGGUGCGGGAUAUAGCCGAAGCUCUUCGCUUUCUGCACUCCAAGGGCAUUGCGCACAGGGACCUCAAGCCGGAGAACAUCCUGUGCUUCGACACAGAUCAGAUCUGGCCCGUAAAGAUCUGCGACCUCGACUUGGGUUCUGGUGUAGUGUUGCUGCCAGGUAACGAGGCGACACCGCCCACGACGCCCGAGCUGCAGACACCCGUGGGCUCAGCAGAGUUCAUGGCACCCGAGGUGGUGGGGGCAUUUGUGGGAGAGGCGCACACUUAUGACAAGCGCUGUGACCUCUGGAGCCUGGGGGUCAUCGUCUACAUCCUGCUGUGCGGCUACCCGCCGUUUUACGGACGCUGUGGCAGCAGCUGCGGCUGGGAGCGUGGCGAGUUCUGCCAGGCCUGUCAGGACCAGCUGUUCACCUCGAUCCAGGAGGGCUGGUACGACUUCCCCGAUCGUGACUGGGCCGGCAUUUCGGACGAGGCCAAGGACAUCAUUUCCCAUCUCCUUGUCAAGGAUGCCAGCCAGCGCUACACGGCUGAGGAAGUCCUGUCCCAUCCUUGGGUGGCACACGGCGGGCCCAGCACUGCACUGCACACACCUUCCAUCAUUCGCAGGAACAACAGUGCCCGCGACCUCGCCGCAUUUGCCGAGAGCGCCAAUGCAGUCAAGCGACUGGUUCAGCACCAGAUGGCUUGGAGCAUGGAACUCCGCUGCGGCCCGCCACGUUCUCUGGACACCCCCGAUCCAUCUCCACCAACUGGCGGCUUCGGACUCUCUCCUCCUGGGGAGUCUAAGCUUGCCCAACGGCGUCGUGCUGGCCGUUCCUUGAGCCUGCGCAGCUCGGUUGAGUCCAUCUCUCUUUCCGGCUGACUGUUGCUUUCCUCCCACUUCCCCCCAUUUUCCUUUUUCUGUUUUCCUUUUUCCUGUGACAUCCUAUCCUGUGACCUCUCCUGAGCCCUGGACUCUGAAGCAGUCCAACAAGAGCUCCGCAUCCCUGUUCCUUCCCUACCUCAAACUCUUUGAAGAACUGGUGUGAAGCUGCGCCUCCUUCCAGGGUUCAUUUGGACUGCGGUUGAUGUUUGAGUGCUUGAUCUGUGUGUUGCAGACACUCGUGGAAUUUUGUGUGGACAUUGAUCAGUGAACUGGCUUGGUUGUGAUGGGGAAGGUGUUGUUGCUCCUCAGCAAGAAGUGCGACAGGCUUGAACCAAGCUUUUCAUUUUUUUCUUAAGACCAGAACUUGCCUAGCUGUGUACUGUCCCGCAUCAAGUCAUCGUCAUUUCCCCGACACACUGUUCUGGAAAUCUCCACCGAGCCUUGGUCAGGCCUGCUCCCUUCUCGGGGUGGUGAGGAAAGAUGCGUUCGCGACGCUCGGAACUUCAACUGCAGUGCGGAAGGCUCCUGGAAAGAGUAGUAAUGGCCGCUUUAGUUUUCCAAUGCACCCCUUGAAAAUGUCCCCCCCCCCCUCCUAAGAAAAAAAAAAAAAAAGACAAUGUUGAAUCCAAAGUGUACGUUCUACAGCUCUGCCCCUUUGGUGGCCCAUUCCACAGUCAAAUCUUGGGAGAAAGGUUGUGCGUGGUGUUUCUAGAGUUCCUUCCGGCUCUUUCCCUUUCCCAAUUUUCGUUGCCACCUUUUGCCGCCCACUGCAAGACAGACCCGUCUCUCGGGUCUCUGGCAUACUGGCUGUGAGAAAUAAGGAGUGAAGGUGGGGAAGGUUGUGUGCGACAAUGCAGCAAACUUGCAGGCUUUUCUGUGUAUCUAACGAGUGAUCUUUAGUUCUUCAGAAAACAGAAAACGAAAAAAACAAAACAAAAAAAGGCCAUGUGUGUGUGUAACCACUAACUGUCUCGUCAGAUGAAAGGCUCCUUUCAGGGCGUUGGCUGUUCUUUUAAGAAAAAAAAAUUUGCACAGGACAGUUUGAACGGGGUUCGCUGUUGCAUCGUCACAACCUCCCUGUACUAUGGAACCUGCGAGUGCUGUUCUGAAAGAAAAACAAAAAAAAAAGUUUAUUUUCUUUGAUGUCAGAAGUGAUAUGUAAUGCUAUAGUGUGCCUCGACGCAGUCUCUCUUGGGCUGCGUUUUUCUUCCUUUAUCUCGUAGCCUAACUGUGGGUUUGAAAGGCAUCGUUCACUUUUCACUGCGGUAUACUAUCCAUUUGCCUUUUCGUCGGGCCUUUUUUUUAUUAUUAUUAUUCUCGGUGUUUGAUUUUCUGUCAUUCUGUUGUACCCGUGUAAAACCGUGGCGUACCCAACUAAUUCCAGUGCCCGAUUUCUCUUCUUUCGUCUACACGCCUCUUUGACAUGCGUUAGUCUAUACAAGUGGUGGUGCGUGCAAGUCGCUCGUGAAGCUGAAAGACAUUAACUGCUACUUCCCAGACUUUUUCUUUUGCGUGAAUGUCUCUCUGUGGACUUUUUUUUAUUUAUGCAGUAUCUUUCAUAUUCUGCAGAAUAAUAUGGGAAGAAAAAAGGCUAACGAUUAAUCAACGCGCCCAUCGCUCAAGGAAGAUCAUGUGAAUGUGAAUCACCAGAAUGUUCCAUUGCUCAUCGUCACUUUUUUUUUUCCUUGCAGUUUCAUUUCUUUUUUGAGGACGGGUAGUCUUCGAGUCAUCGCAAACCAUUCUCAAUCGCCGUUAUUCUAUUCUUUUUCCCAAUUUUAUUAUUUUUUGUAAAGAUAUACAUAAUAGUUGUGAAGGGGGAGCAAAAUUAGAAUUCCUUUUUUUUUUCCCUCGUGGUAAUGAUUUCAUUAGAAUGCUCCUUCCAAAGUCGUCGCCUACCUUGCUCUGCAAGUCUUACCAGGUUUAUAGAAGCGGUGCCUUCGUGUUGGGAAUCUUUUUUCCUCAACGGGUUCAUCCAGCUGUUCUCGUCAUAACUGAUGUCUGGAAAGCUGUCGUGAUUUAUGCCUUAAUGAGCUUUAUUCUCCUCGAACCCGAUGCCAUUUCUAGUGUGCCCGUUCCCUCUCUCUCAUUUUUUCUUUUUAUUGCAAUUCCAUCUUUCGUUGGCAUCCGCACAAGUUUCCUCCAGUUUUUGAGAGGGAACUUGGAACGUUGUUCCUUGUCCUCCCCCUGUACCCUGAAACCUUGUCCAGUCUCUGCCGACUACCGCUGUUACUACUGGAAAUUGUCGUCCAUGUAUCUGUGAUAAGCUUAAAAAUGUGUUUUUUUUUUUAAAGAUGUUCUUUGUUCCUCCGAUUGCGAUGAAUGCUGCUGUAGUGCCAAAAUUUGAAGCGUGGUCAAACUGAGGUUUUCGUUGCACGUGUCACCGGGAUUGUGCACGUGCGACUGAUUACCUUAGUUUUCUGUUUUUUUUCUCGGUUAUUUUUUUUUCUUUCUUCUUGAUUGUGAGAUGUUCAACAAGCACACACACAUAUACACACAAGACAGUUAAUAAGAUGGAUCUUGCUUGCACAGUUUUACAAAAUGUUGUAAACAUUGCUGCGUGUACACACAAGUUUCCAAUCGCAUAUAUACACACACAUGCUGUACACUGUACUAUUGUCAUUGAAAACUGCGAUCCUGUCACAUUGAUAGGGAAACGUGGUGUCGUGCAUUUUUUUUUUCUUCGUCAGCUACAUUUUUUUCUUCGUUUUGUACGUUGUGGAAGAAAAAAAUUUCUGUGCUUCCGGAUCAAAAUUGUUGUGCUGUCGCAACUCUACAGAACGUACACGCAUCCCAUGUGGGAGUGAAAAAAAAAAGUACAAAGUUUAUUGUUUGUUUGGCUUCUCUUUGUGUUGAUAUAAGGAUAAAGACUGAGAAUUGUGAAAAUAAAAAAAAUCUUUCGACCAACGCGAGAAAAA